AUGACGUCUCGCGCAAAUCUCAUUGCGCGCACCGUCAUCAGCCAGUUCGAUAAGCUCCCGUCGAAAAGAAAGCCCUGUGUUCGCGACAAUGGCCUCAACGAAUGGGUGCCCCUGAGCGGCAUCGUUGCCGAAAGCAAUGGGGUUUUGACCUGCCUAGCACUAGCGACGGGCAUGAAAUGCCUCCCGGCGUCAAAGCUCACCGAGGCCAAGGGCGUGGCCAUCCAUGACUGGCAUGCUGAGAUUCUCGCUAUUCGAACAUUCAACCGGUUCCUGCUGGAUGAGUGUCAGACUCUCGUUGAAAGUCUGAACAAUGAGCAUGAGAGCAUCCUCCAGAGACAUGAUUCUAAGGAUGAUGUCGAUCCAACAAGCAGACGAUGCACGAGACCCUUCAAAGUAAAGGAGGAUGUGAAGCUUCACAUGUAUUGCUCCGAAGCUCCGUGUGGAGAUGCCAGCAUGGAACUCAUCAUGGCCGCUCAAGCAGACGCCUCACCAUGGCAGCUCCCAACUCCUCCAAAGCCAGUAUCAGCCAGCACGUCUACAAGCCUGGAAGCAGACUCUACAGCUCAGCUUCCCGGACGAGCGUACUUCUCCCAGCUGGGCAUCGUUCGCCGCAAACCCGCCCGCGGCGACGCUCCGCCCACCCUGUCCAAAUCCUGCUCAGACAAGAUCGCCCUGAGGCAGUGCACAUCGCUUCUCUCAUCACUAGCCUCGCUCUUUGUCGACCCAGCAAACGCCUACAUCGACACCCUUGUUCUCCCAGAGUCGCAGUACUCCGCCGCUGCGUGUGAGCGGGCCUUUUCGCCCACGGGCAGAAUGAAGGCCGUGGCUGACAGGCAGUGGCCCGGCGGGUACGCUUUCAGGCCGUUCAAGGUCGAGGCCACGGACGUCGAGUUUGCCUUUUCCAAGAGGGCGGUUCAGGCUCACUCCGAGGCCAUCUCGGCGAGCAAUCUUGCGGCAACGUGGUCGGCCUCUGGCUUUGAGGAGUCGAUUCUGGGGGGCGUGCUUCAGGGGAGGAAGCAGUUUGCCGUGAGGGGCGCAAGCAAGUCCUCCAGACGACAGAUGUGGAUGAAGUCGAAGCAGCUCUCUGAGGGCCUCUCGGCUGCCGCUCCUACUCCUGGGUCGGACAAGUAUCUCUCAUCAGCAAGUAGCUACCAGGACAUCAAAGAUGGGCGUUUGUUGACUGAUAGGAGGCACGUCAAGGCUCAAGCUCGAGAGCUUGCGCUCAAGGGCUGGAUCCAGAACGAAGGAGACGCCGACUUUGGCAUAGCAUAG